GAACAGCAGAGAGGGUACCCCCCCAAAAAAACCCUUUACCACCUUGAUGUGUGUCUGAGCUCUCUCUCCCUCCCCCCGUGUGUCUGUCUGUGUGUUUGUGUGUGUGUGCAUAUAGGUAAUAAGCUGCUCCUCCACUGCGCAACGAUGGAGCUAUCGCAACGAUGGAGAUGACGCAAACAGACUCGGCUCUCCAAAAAAGUGUUUCAAGACGAACAUGGCGGCAACUUAACCGCGGUCCAAGAUGACAAUGGCCAACGAGAGAAAGGAUUCUAGGCUUUCCGCUCAGGCACAGGACAGAGAAAGCAGUCUGCGUGCAUCAAAGAGGCUCGUUGCUGUUCUUUAAAGGGAUCUGCAAAUCCAACGGCGGCAGACGCGCAGCAUCAGUACCGAGAGGCUUGCAACAGCUGGUCUCCCUGCAUCCCCGACGAGAGAACAAACCCGGGGAGGGACGAUAGGGAGAGGAGGGCAUGCGGUCAAAGAGGACGCCGUUCCCCCCCGGAGAGCCAUGGAGAACCGGGAUGCGGCAGCGCGAAGCUUAAUCUGUGCGGGCGCAAUAAUUGGAUCGGAAUAGCACCGAUUGCUGCGGGCGCGAUAGAGGAGCGCCCUGGACCGGCGGACGCACGGCACCCCACUGUUACAGAGGAGAACCAUCCAUCUCUCCCAAAGUCAAUGAGUAUUGUGGCAGAGCAGCCCCCGCGGUGGAGUCGGCCAGGACAGCACUUUCCUAAAAUAUGACCAGGGGUGCUUGGAUGCGUCGACAGCAUGAUGAAGGCUUAAAAUACUGGUUUGCACCCCGAGAGAACGAGAAGCCAUUUACCGAGUCGGAGCGGGCCCAGAGAUGGCGACUGUCGCUGGCCUCUUUGCUGUUUAUAACCGUCCUGCUCUCUGAUCACUUGUGGUUUUGCACCGAGGCGAAACUGACGCGAACCCGAGACAAGCGGUCAGAUAAGGGUCUUGCAAUUACGGACAUGGGCGAGUACCCAAACUCUCUCCACCAACACCGUAUCCCAACAUCACCUGACCCCCACCAUCGCACCAGAGAGCAAGAUGAUAUUUUUCUAGGGAAUUCUACCAAACCUCUGUGGCGAAUGGACACCUGUCACCCUGACAGCAUGUCCAAAGACUGCUUUAUUUUCACGGACGCGGAGACCGUGUGCCUCGGCCUCUCCGGUGGAGAGGAAAGGGGGACACAGUUGGCGUACGUGAAUCUGAGCGAUUUGUACCUUUCUUUUUGUAAUUCCUAUUCACUUUUGGAUUUGUUUUACGGGUUUACGAGUCUGGGCGAUUUGAAUUGCACCCUGGAUAUGGCCAUGGGGGUGGAUCUGCUGGGAUGCCGCAAGUGUGUCCGGGCUUAUCAGAGUCUUGACCAACAGGCGGAGGAGAACUACCGGGAGUUUGAACUAAUGGUUCAGAAAUACGAGACGGAUGCAUACUCGGUUAGGACGUGCAUGGAGGAAUGCAAGAUGGUUUAUAAGCCCUGGCUGUGUUCUCAGUACUUCCAGACCACCCAGAUGCACUGCAGCAAGCGGAUCCCCUGUGGUCAGUACUGCCUGGAGGUGCAGCAGCGGUGCCCCUUCAUCCUGCCCGACAACGAUGAUCUCAUUCACGGAGGCAGCCCCAGUUUUAUAUGCACAGGGCUGCUGGAGGACUAUCCAUCAGGUGUGGACCCGGAUGCAGAAUGCUGUGACGUCCGGUGGGACUUGAAAGUGGACAACCGUUCCCAGGGAACCCUGAAAAGAACUCACCCCCCAUGCCAGCAUCGUACCUCCCUCAGCUCCUCAGCAGCCUGCAGACUGUGCAACAGCCGGCUCAAACUCUGCCUGCUGGUCCUUGUCCUCCUACACACUGUUGCCAGCCUCACUGCAUCCCACAAUGCAACAGGACUGGGCCUCCCCGCCAUCACGCCUCUGGAGGAGAGCCCUGCCAACGAGGAGUGAUAGAGCUUCCAGGAGGAGGUGAGGUUGUUGAGGUGGGGGAUUCCCUCACCAUGGCAACAGAGGAGGAAAAAUACAGCCACAGUUGUGUGAACGGCUGGAGCUGUGUGCCUGUGGACACUCUGCGUUGCUUUCUGGCAAAUGGAAAAUGUGGGACGCUUUGAGAUGAAGGACAUAAAUCAAUCAAAACAAACAGACACACCAAGGGGCUCAGUCAGUCCCUUAGGCAGGAAAAGGGGACAAUGCCACAGCCUUUGUUGAGUGGGAAGGUCGGCUUCCUCAUGGCUGAAUUUCUCUCACUUUAAGCUUUUUUACACUGUGUUCCAAUUAUCGGUUUCUGUUGCACUGGCUGACUAUGAAAAAACAUAAUCAUAUUCUCUUUCUAAUGUUCAUCCUUUGUGUUUGUUUCUCGGCCUCAUACAAGAAGAAAAUGCGUUCUCUAAAUAAGACAGAUAAUGUGUACAAAAAAAAAUGUGCUGCCAGUUUGAGCGCGUGUGUGAUGGCUUGUGUUUCAAGAUGUACUGAGUGUGUGCGAGCAUGUGUGAGUGUGUGUGUGUGCUUGUAUGUAUGUCUUUACACAUGUAUGUAUGAGACAAGGAGUGUGUGUGUGUUGCUGACAUGUACCCUAAAAGUCUACCUAACAGACUGGUGCAGCGAUGAGGUUUCUAUGGAGGGUCCCCACAGAUAGCACUUAUUGCUGCCAUGAUGGUUUGUUGGCCACAAUCCCAUUAAAACCUAUCUGGGUUUUUGAAUGUGGUUCUGGUGUCCAUAAUAAGCUACUUGUUUAAUGCAGGUUUAUGGUUUCCUCUCACAUUGUUUUGUGAGAUAAUAUUCACCUAUGAACGGUUUUUACAAGGAUCAAACUAUUUCUAUAACAAGCAUCAGUAAAAAGCUAACACCUGGCUGAACAUCAGGAAACAAACACUAGUUUGUUUAGUUUUUACACCAAAUAAAUUGGUUUAGGUAAUGUGGCUAAAGUUUAACAAGUUUUUACAUACGUUCCUCCAGUGUCACCAACGCUCUAGGUCUCACAGGAUAUCUGUGUUUCUGCUUGGGUCUUCUUUCAGUUUUGACCUCGCUCCUAUCACUAUACUGCAUUCCCCAUGUUUAUUACCUCCACAGAGGAGUUUAAGUUUUUACUGGCAUUUGUUGGUUUCUUCACAGCAUAAUUCAAAAAGUAACAUUUUUUUAGAGCUAGCAUAUGGCCCACAGAAGAAUCCAUUAGAUUCCGGUGCUGAUCCAGAUCAUCAUCAUCUGGGUCCAGGAAUUUGUUUAAAGGAUUUUUUCACCAUUGUGAGAUAACUUCAAUAUUUUUGCUUCUAAAUCCAAUGCCUAGAACAAUUGGACAAAAAUUGCAUGGUAACAUCCACAUAAGAUCGACCACGCACCAAAGUCUGAUCUGGAUCCAAGUAAUAUUCCAGAUCUGCUGAUUCACAAUAUUCACGUUAAAUGGGCUCAUGGAAAACCCGCUGCAGUGAGACAACAAAUAAUGCUACAGACUUGUAACUAAGAUCAAAUCUUAGGUGAAACUCUGCUGAUUCAGUAGGGUGUCAACAAAGCUGACAUACUGUAUCUUCAAAAGCUACUGAGCUAAAUCAUUACGCAAUGAAGGAAUAGUAGGGCCAUUUAGGGUGCGCUUAGUUUUAGUUUUUACACCAAAUAAAUUGGUUUAGGUAAUGUGGCUAAAGUUUAAAUUUUUACAUACGUCUGAUCAUCUGACCUCUUGUUUUUCUCAACCCACCCCGCUUUAUUUUAACUGUAUUACUUGUAUGAUAACAGUUUACUCAAACAACAAAUUAUUCAUAAGUUGCUACACACCAGAAUGAUCCUUCAAUCUUCAGGCUAAUACUAUGACAGGGCUGAGCCAUUUGAUCAAAAUAAUUUUGCCUCAAUUACCACAAAUUGACAAUAAAUCUUUAAAAAGUGUAAAACAACUACACCCCGGAUUCUCUAACAAGUUUGCAUUUUGGAGUAUGUGCUGAGUGAUCAUGGUUUAGUGGUUGCUAAACUAAAGCAUUAGAAUUAAGAGAACAUGUUGCACACUGCUGUGUUUUGAAUGAAGAUGAACACAACAUGCAGCAGAACCACGUGACUAGAAGCCAAAGAACCCGUAGAAAGCUUUUACUAAACAUACUGGCAUGAGCAGUCUGGGAAUCUUUACACCGGUAUUGAUUAUUUUUUGGUUCAUCACCCCUUCACACUAAUACUACACCCGGAAAGGACAACAGGAAAUGUUUACAAUAGAUCUUCUGUACUUCAGUUUUAAACAGCCAGCAACUUUCAUCAUUCACAGGAAUGUAACAGAUGAUGUAGGAUGAUUUUAUCUCACAGAACAAAGCGUGAAACUUAAACUUGUCUUAACCAAAGAUUUUAUUUCAGGCAUUUUUAACCAAAACCCCAUUCAGAUUCUGGUCGCUUUUCAGCCACAUGGGUCAGCAAAGUUAACUGACAUUUGACACUGGAUCAGUAUAUUUAUCACUGUUGCUCUGGAUAUAGAAACUUUUUUAAGGUACUAUCCAGUGAAAAUACUGUCCACAACAUAAAAAUGAUAGUUAAUAAAGAUCCUCUCCACAGUUUUGGACCUGCUGUGGGUCAGUAAUACUGUAAAAAUGCAACAGCAGUAUGACUAACAAAUAACUAUAUCCCAUUGCUACUUCUUGAAAACAAAAGCUCAAUUUAUCAUUUGCCUUUAAACCAAAAGUGUAAUUUUAACCCAAGGCCUUUUUAUUCCUAGCAAACACACUGACUGGAUGUUACCUUUAAGGACUUUUCCUAAUUGGUUAAACUAUAAUUCCAAAUUGGUUAUGAUGAACAAAAAACAUAUCACUAGAAAAGUUAGUUAUUAAAGAAAAUUCCGUGUCCCACCAAUAACCUUAUUAUUCAUAACCUUUAAUCUUACUUCCUGACCACAUAUUACACAACAAAAAUGAUUUCUUCAAAAUGGUCACUUUGUUUUUGUUGAAUCACAGUGUAUGACCUGCUCUCAUUAACUGCAUGUGGAGGCUUUAUGCCAGCCUCUUACUGUAUGUUGACUGUCCUCAGCACCCCACUCCCUGUAAAAGCACCACAUCUGAUCCCAAAUCAGUUCCUGUAGCAUGCCCACUGUCUUGUACUUUUUUCUUCAAAACAUCAAACUGUCUCAUUGAGUAAAGGGCUUAUUAAGAUAUACAGUGCAAACAUUACCAUCAGCACACUCGAACACUCCAAGCUGUUAGCAGACAAAAGGUAAAAACUUGGCUCAUAUUGUUUUAUUUAACACCGAGGCAUUCCACUGGCUGUUACUGGAGAGCAGGAACAGAAGCAAACUCAGAGAGAGGAGCAUGUCAUUCUGUGUGUAAGCAUUAAUGACAAAACCUGAUAAUCACCUAAGUCAGCUGACACUUGUGUUUAUCUUUCAAAUAUUGACCAGCAUAUGAACAGAGAGGAAUGGUGUGACCUUAAGGGCUGACUUCUUCUUUACUUUGUAGUGUUUAUUUUGUGUCUCUUUGAUGAACAUGACUGUGAGAUCAGGUAUUCAAAGAUAAACAGAUGUGGCUGAAUGCAUUUUUUUUUUCCCCACAUUGAAUAUGUUGGUGAUCUAAAUGAGAUGUCCAAUCUAAUAUCUGAUGUCAAGAAUUUUAACACACAGCUUAUAUGAGGAUUUAAAUAUCAUCGUUAUUCACACCAUUGCUGUAUACCCAGUAUACAGAAUGCCCUGCUCUACAUUACCAUUCCUACCUGCAUGAAAUACAUAACCACUCACUGUCAUGCAGCACAGCACACCCGUGCCCAUGUUGGAUGACCGCAUUCAGUGAUAGAAAAAUGCUGCUAUACUGUUGGCCGCCAGUAGAUGGAGAUAUUUUUAUUCUUUUAUACUGCUACUGCUGCUCAAGACCACACAAAGACUGUCAGAUCCACAGGAAUCAGGAGCGCUUGGCUCUGAAAGAGAAAGUGAUGGACUUGUGGGUAAAAGUGUGUUGCUCUAUUGUAUGUAUGUGUACGUCUGCAUACAUGCAUACACAGGGGGGUGUGUUUGUGUCUGUCACUAAGUACAGUGCAUUCUCUGCAGAGCUCAUUAGUGUUGCCACAACCUUGGGACCUACAAGACAGAUUUGGGAAACCUCUGCUGCCGUUAGACCCACAGGGACCUAUUACAUUAGUUGUCCCGUUAUUCACUGGAGCUCUAAAGCUGCUUGGAGUGUAGGAUGAAAUCAUUUGACAAUGUGUAAUAACUGAAUCACUGCCCCCAAGACCCAAAACAGACUCUGUUUUCCCUGAACGUGUUUAAUAAAAUAUUCCAACUAUUUAACUAUAAGAUGAGGUGAAGGCCAAAUUGAAUGAAAUUGGCAGUGGGUUAUGAAACUGGUGCCAAACUAACAAGUCUAAUUUAUAUCUGAAAAUGCUUUUCAGUAGGUAACAGAAGGAAAAACAGAGUCUGUCUUAGAAAUGUGCCACACUGAAGUCAAUACAAAUGCAUGAAAGGGGUCUCUUUAAGGCAAGGCACCUUUUGUUUAUUACACAUUGGAAACAUACAGCAUAUAUUACACGUUAUUCAUUUUGCCUAUCAUGUCAGCAGUCAUGCUUCUGAUGUAACAACCAUCACAAGCCAACUGUUGGACAUGUAUUCACACAAUAAACCUGCAUUCAAAAGUCACACAGAGGCCAUGUGUGUUAUACAUGCAGUAACGGUACAGCACUGUGGCUGCAUGUUUGUGAAUGCUGUUCAUAUUUGUCUUUCACGCCUCUGCGGACAUAUUUGCACCACUGGAUUUUUUUGUGCAAGAUUUCUUCCAAACAAUAAUAGAUUUAGAUUUGAAUUAUGUAAAUCUCUGGUUUGAAUUUCACUGGUAAUGCAGGCAUGCACACAACAGUUACUCUGCUGUGAUAACUUGAUUUUUUUUUUUUUUUAUGUGUGUUAUGGUUUGUUGAUUGUUUGCUGCAUUAUACUAAAAAGAAAUUGUGUAGGGUCCUAUACAGUAGAUUCAGUCUAGAUCGCCCAAUAAUGGUCUGUAGCAGUCGUAGGGUAUGGUCUGUCACAUUUUAUAACACACCAACCUACAAAAACGUUUUGUGUUUUGUCCCUGCACAUAUAAACUAUGUCCCCGCUGCACCCAUCACCACAUGGUAUGUACACAACUUUCACUCCUUCUCAGCCUCUCUCUGUUUUCACAAUAGUUCUGUUCUCUAUCCUGUGGAUCUAUGCAGAAGCUCAUUUCUUUUUUUGGUUGUAAAUACAUUCCCUAGUAUGCUGAAUAAUGUGUCUUUUUGUCUCCGUGUAUUUUGAGUUGAUGUCAUGCUGUUAUUUUCUUCUUCUCUGGUUCUUUUUGGAUUUUGAGUGUCUGAAAUCACUGAUGUUAAAAGAGAAUGUGGUAAGAAUCAACCAACAGACUCGCUCUCAGCUUCACAACCUUAUUGUGAAAGGUUGUGGUUCUGCGCGUGUGAAAGCAAGAUUUAUGAUUAUAGAAAUGGAGGAGGUUCAAAGGCAUAUAGAAGUAUCAUUGCAAUUAUGAUCAUUAUGAUUACUAUUACACUACCAGUAUAUUGUAAUAUUAUAGAUGCUUUAGUUCAAGUAACUUCUUUAGUUUUUUUACAAACUUUGAUGAAAUGAUUUAUAAAACAGUCUCACAAGUCAUGACCUUUUCGAAAAGUAU